GGAAGUGAAGGAACGCGGAUGUGUGGUGUUGUUGUUGCUCAGUCAGCUGUCAGGUGUUUUCUGCAGAUGUAGAUUCAGAAUAAUAUCACAGAGGAAACAGUCGCUAACCAGAGGAACAAGGUUUCCCCUCUGGAUCGUCAUCAUGGAGGAGCCCACAGCCUCUGGUGUCUUCUGCAGCCGGAUGCUGAGCAUGGUCAACUCUGAGGACGUCAACGCCAUCAUCCAGGCUCAGAGACACAUGCUCGACCGCUUUGAGAAAACCAACGAAAUGCUGAUCAACUUCAACGGGCUGUCAAAUGUACGACUGCAGCAGAUGAACGAGCGCUUCCUGCUCCACACACGAACUCUUGUGGAGAUGAAGAAAGACCUGGACAGCGUCUUCAGACGGAUCAGGACACUGAAAGGGAAGAUUUCUAAGCAGUACCCAGAAGCUUUUAGCAAUAUCCACGAGUCACCGAUUCUGGAGGACGACGAUGACGAGUUUGACCCAGUUCCCCACAGUGUUGCCACAAUGAUCACAAUGGCCACCUCGGAGCAGAGCACAGAGUCAUGUGACACAAGUCCAGAUGUGAUCUCACCCACUGUGAGCAGAUGCUCCGAAGAUCUCUCUCAAGAACCACCUGACACGCCCACCUCUGACGUGCCAGAGACCGUCAUCACAGACACCGCCGUCCUCCAGGACGAAGGGCCUGACUCUGUACCUGCGGAAUAGAACGAACACUUUGAAUGGAUUUCAGUCACUUGAACCUGAACUUCAACCUUAAAGUGAUUUUAGCAGGAGGUCUUGUUGUAUUUAUGUUGGUCUUCAUGAUAUUUGUUCAUUUUUCCAGACAGACUUUGUUUGUAUUUGUUGGAAAGAGCUUCACAGCCUUGAUGUUAAAGUCUGUCUCUGAGGAUGUUUACCAUGCUUGUUUGUUCUAUACCUACACAGCACUGAAAUAAUAUACAUAAUACUUGAAGUUGUACAGUAUGUCACUAUGGAUACUUCUGUCUUAUUCACACCUGAGUAAAAGCCAUCACUCAAAACAUGAUUGGAAGCAUUUUCUGUUUGAAGAGAUGCACUUUAUGUUACUUGAAAGUGAUUUUUUUCUCUGCAUAAUAGUUAGAGUGCACGUAGUUUAUACUGUUGUUGUGGUUAUAAUAUUGUCACGGCAUUAUUUAUCGAUGGACCUCUGUUACAACCAUAGACAACCAAUGAUUUCCACAGAAUUUUAUCUCCUGUUUUUUGCCCAAAAAUUCUCUGUUGUUUCCUCUCCCAUCACAGGCAGGUAAGAUAUUAGGUUCACUCUGUGAUACAGAAAACUUUUUAAGGACACAAAGAUUUGCUCUUUAAGAUGUAAACCAUGUUGUGUGAGUGAAUGAUCCGACCACUCUGCUACAAUGCUACUGAUUAAAGAUGCAGUUAUGGUUUUAAGUGGAAAA